GGAAUGAAAGUCAAAUAUCAGCUGUGCAUUUAUGUGACGUUGCAGAACAGCAUCUUGAGGAAACGGUUUCAGAACAGUCAAGCUCAGAGGUGUCAGGUUACUCCACCCACUUAAGCAUAUGCCAAAAUGGAGCAUGUGAAAGAGAGUAUUCAGAAAGCUUUGCCAUCACUCAGGAGUGAUCUGGUUGAGUCAGUUAUCUCUACACUUGAGAUGAUUGGUGUAAGCUGUGUUGAAGACCUUGGUUUCGUCAGGACAGAGGAUCUUGAGGGAAUUCUAAAACCUAUCCAGUGCAGAAGACUGAUCCAAGCUUUCAGCACUGAAUUGCAAGCUGAUUCUGCCCCCACUACUGAACUUUUGCAGCUGAAUAGCCACCAGCUGCAACUAUCACCUGUGACUUCCGGUUCCUGUGAGGCAUAUCCUGUGCCAUGGCACAAAAUGCCACCCCAACUUAUGAUUGCUGUUGAAGAAAAGAAAAGACCAAAACCUAAAGACAGAAGGGAACUUGUUCGCAUCAUCAUUGAUGAUGUUCUUGGGAAGGACCAAAAAAGGCCUGGAAGAGCUAAGUUGAGGAACAUUGCACAGCAGAUCAUAGAGCAAUAUCCCUGCUCUUUCCAAGACAGAGAGGUCAAUGGAUUAAAAGUUGUUGGAACAAGAUAUGAUUCUCUGUUUAUACAGCUUGAAAACAGAGUUGAAAAUGUUAUGAGACCAUUGAGCUUUGGUUCAACAAAGAGACAAUGCGAAGAUGAAAUGGCAUCACAGAAAAAGUCUUUGACUUCAAAUCACUAUGGUUGUGUGCAGUGGCAGCCAACUGCUGAGAAUGUGACAAACCUAAAAUUCACACAGGAACAACUGAAAACUGCCUUCCAAACAAAUCAUUUUCCAGAGUCUGAUGUUCGAAGAAUGAUGGCUGAAACCUAUAGCAUCCAGCGAGCAGCAAUCAACAGAGGAAACUCCAUCAGCAAGUUAUUAGAAGACUGGCCUUUUCUCUUUGAAGCAAUCCACCUGUUUUAUCACACAACCACCCUUCUUGGCUUCCCAGUACAAACCAGACUGGCAGAGGAUUUGUCAAAGAAAGAAAAGACAAUAAAGGACUUCCUUGGGUCCAGAGGGGUGGAUAUUCCAGGAAGUGAUGCUGUCCAGGUGAUUAGUGGAAUCGCAAAAUUCUUCAAGGAGAAACCAACCCAACUAUUUUGUCAAAAUGAGCUGCUGCAUCCAGAGAGUCCUGAUCUUGACCUGCCAAGCACCCCAUGCAUCUUUAUAAUGGGUGAACAGCUUUUUAAAGUUGCUGUUGACCAAAUGAUUGUGAAUGACCACAUCAAGUCACCCAUCGCUGCCCUAAGCUACGCCUUCUCCAUGUUUUAUGUCUUGAACAUAAAAUAUCCAAAAGACAUGUCCCUGACACUGGAAUUUAUACAAAGAGUCUUUCUGGGCUUAAACCCCAAACGAGGGUCAAAGGCUGAAAUGAAGGGGAAGAAGCAUCAUCACAUUCCACCCCGACUGCUCAAGUUUGUAAAUGAACUGUAUGACUUUGACAGUCCAUGGAAAAUUUGAUUCUUGUAAAAGGUGAUGCUUCAUAAUGUUCUCUGUUAUGUUGACAGCAGUUCAGAAAAUAGUAGUUGGAUGUUGGUCCUUGUUUACACCUGUGAUUUUAAUCUUGUAAUGCAAAUUGCAAGAUUAAAAUUGUAUUUUUUUAAUGUUAGUGUUGGAUUGUGUUAAUUAAAUUAAACUUAACAAAAUUAUUAAAUUGACUUCAAAGUCUGGACUCAAGAAUGAACUUUACAUUGACCUUAACAACUUUAAAAAUAUGUUUGACUGAAUAUAUAAUUGAGAAUGCAAUUUGUAAUUAUAUUGUAAUGAUGUGUUGAUAUGGUAUUGAAAAACCAUGAACUGCAAAAUAAAAUUUGCAAAUGGA